CAGGAGUUUGCCGCGUUUUCACACCAACUUUGUGUUCGUAGCGCUCUGUCUGUCUCCUCCCUCCCUCCGUCCCUCCCUCCGUCCCUCACACCAAUUCUGUUUCACCUGUUAACUAUGACCUACCACUUUCCUGGAGGCGAUAAGGGGAGAUUGGAUCAAGCGGGGAAAAGAAAGUGGGUAGAGAUAUCAAAAGAGGGGAUUUCGGGGGAGUUCAAACUGAAACACAACUUUCAGAGACAGCAAGGGAAACUCGUGUUUUUUUUCUUUGAUUAAAACUUUGGGGAACCAAAUCAAACAAUAAUACAAAACACAUUUUCUUUUGGGAGAGGCGUUUGGAAGAUUGUUAUUUUCAGCCUUUUUAAACUUUUUUGUUUAUUUUUAAGUUGAGUUAGGCACUUAUACACACGGCUUAUACUUCGCUCUUCGUUUUUGCCGAAACUCAAAGUUGGCAUUUGCAGAAGCUGAAGAAACCCCGAUCAGAAUGCCCCAACACAAUACAGAUGCGGCCAGGAGCCAAUGGGAUCGAGGCAGACAGUUACCCUGGAUUGCACGGAUUGUGGGAGGACAUAGUCCCGCCUCCUCAGGGGCGGAGUCAGACACAGAGAGCAGUAGCACUGAGAGUGAGAAGUCUCAUGCCAGACGUCUGGAGACGGGGUCACAAAGGGUCCUCAUGUCACCGUCCAUGUUGCAGCAGCGAAUCACAGAGCUCGAUCAGCAGAGGGAGGAGCUGAAGAUUGAAUUGCAGCUGGAGGUGGCUCUGCUGCAGGGGGAGCUGCAGAUGGAGCGGGAACAACUGCGCAGACACACGCAGCAGCUGCAGGAGCUGCAGGAGAAGAGCAAACUGAGGGAGUCCCAGCGGAUGGCCGAUAUUCAGCAGGAGCGAGCGAGUCUUGAGCGUGAGCGUCAGCGAGUGGAGGAGCUCAGGAGGAGCUAUGAGGAGAAAGAGCAGCACAUUCCCACGCAGCCAGAGAGCCAGAGAGAGCAGCUGCUUGUCCAGCUGCAGCAGGAGAAGGAGGCGUUGGAUGCAGCAGUACGGGCGUUUGAGGAUUGGGAGUUCCGCUUCCUGGAGCGAGAGAGUGGAAUUGAGGAAGAAGAGGAGGAAGAGAGUAAGGGGCACAUAGAGAAGGAGGUGUCCUGCCAGCAGCGAGUAGUCAGCAUGGCGCAGGCGCGGGUGCUGCAGCUGCAGAAGCAGGUGGAGGAGAUGGAGAGAGAGAAGGACAGACAGAUGAACGCUCUGAGGCAGGAGAGGAGGGACCUGAUCCACACCUCACACAAGAUACUGAAGGAGAAGAAACCUCUGUCUGAUUGGUCCAACGUCACAGGAUCUGCCCCCUGCAUGAUGUCACUGAGUCCACUGACCAUUCACAAAGCAGAACAGGAAACAACCAAGGAAGCAGCGAGUUUGCCCAGAAGGCGGAGUUCACAUCGCACCAAGCUCACUGAUAGGCCGUUGUCAGCCCAAGGGCUGGUGAGGAUGGCACCGGACGGGCCUGCCCCCGAGUCGCUCGCGUCCCCCCUGCUGUCGGCCCAUCAGCACAGCAACGGCCACUCCAACCGCAACGGCUUCCUCAGCCCCUGCAGCAGCGCCGGCAGCUCUCGAGCGGCCAGCCCCUGUCUGGGCCUGCCUGACCUGGUCGAGAUGGAGAGGAAACUGAGAGGAGCCAAAGCUGAGCGGGAGAGGCUUCUGAGAGACAGGGAGGAGAGAUGGAGGGCAGCUGCCGAAGAGAAGAGGCGGAGAGAGCUGGAGUCACACAUAGCGGAGCCUACAGAACCAGAACCAGAACCAGAACCAGAACCAGACCCUGAACCAGAACCGCAACAUGGCCCAGUUCGGUGCAGCACAGAGCCUUGCCUCCCGCUGUCUCUGUCUGUGAACUUUGACCUGCGGGCUCACGUGGAGUCCCUGGGACACAGCGUGGCAGGGUGUAUGGGGGUGCGCCUGUCUCCACGGCGAUGCGCAGGGUUCCUGACGAAGCGAGGAGGCCGAGUAAAGACCUGGAAGAGGAGGUGGUUCCUGUUUGACCUGGAUCACCGCAGACUAGCCUACUACACAGACCAUGACGAGAGGAAGCUGAAAGGAGUGAUCUACUUCCAAGCCAUAGAGGAAGUGUAUUAUGACCAUCUGCGUACUGCCACCACUUCUCCCAGACCCAGCCUGACCUUCUGUGUGAAGACCUAUGAGCGCCUCUUCUUCCUGGUAGCACCCAGCGGCGAAGCCAUGAGGAUCUGGAUGGAUGUCAUCGUCACGGCGACAGACGAGCACAGCCGCUAUUGACGCUGCUGCCCCCCCCCACGGCCCUGGCUGGUCCAGACUGGCCUUUUUCCGCCCGAUUUGGCCCUGCACUGAUAAAAAAAAGUUUAGGCAUAGUCUGCUGGAACCAGUGCAGAACCAAACAACAGACUGGACUCUGGUAAGAAGUUAUUUCGGAGAUUUCUUCACCAAGAUGAAGUCAGUUUUAUCUCUCCAGAGGCUCCACAGAACUGGUGAGAGUAUCGCAGAACCAGUAAUGAAGAAGAGAAUCGUGCCAAAGACAGAGACUGAGAGAAGGGAGUGGAGGACAGAGAGGGCAGCUGGAAGGGUGACGACAUCCAGUGGGAGAUCUGACCCGUCGUCAGACCCGUCGUCAGACCCGUCGUCAGACCCGUCGUCAGACCCGUCGUCUGACCCGUCGUCAGACCCGUCCAGAGCUCCAAGGCAGAGGCGGACACACAGAGACGGAUACUGGCAGACAGACAGGCCUGCAGGGUUUCUCUGUGUUUUACCUCCUCCUUGUGGUCACAUGGCAGUACUACAUCCUCCAUUUUCCAUGCUAUGCAAAACAAUGCAAGUCAAUGACCCAAGGACACCUCUGCUUUACACCAUAGGUCAA